AUGUAAAACUCUACUCCAGUUUUUCUUUGGAUUGACCUAGAAAUGACAGGUUUAGAUUUACACGUCAGAAAUGAUUAAAUAAUCGAAUUAGCCGUAGUUUUAACUGAUUCGCAUUUAGAAAAUAUAAUUAAAGGUCCUGAAAUUGUAAUAAAUGCUCCUAAUACACUUUUAGAUACAAUGGAUGAAUGGAAUUCAAAACACCAUAAAGAAAGUGGACUUUAUGAACAAAGUUUAAAUAGUAAAAUAAGUUUAUAAUAAGCAGAAGAAUAAGUUCUUUAGUUUUUAAAAAGUAAUAAUGUUGUAUAAAGACAAGCUUACAUUACAGGAAACUCGGUGCAUUAAGAUUACAGAUUUCUUGAUAAGCAAAUGCCUAAAUUAAUUGAAUUUUUACAUUAUAGAAUUAUUGAUGUUUCCACUAUUAAAACUUUAGCUUAAAAAUGGAAUCCUGGUUUACUAGCAGAUGCGCCUGUGAAAAAAAAUUAACAUAGAGCUUUGGAUGAUAUAUUAGAAAGUAUUGAAGAACUUAAAUAUUAUAAAAGUAGUUUUUUUAAAAUUGUUUGA